AGCCUUCUUGCCUUUUACUUUCAUUUAUGGGGCUCUUGUCACGCUUUACUCAAAGAUAUCUUUAUAUUACAAGGUUUUAGCAAAAGUAUUUUUUGAGCUGUGUCUUCAGAAUCUCUUCAGUUAACCAACACAUAUAUUCUGUAGAAGCUGCCUGGUGAAAUAUUUGGAAGAAAACAACACCUGUCCGACAUGUAGAAUUGUUAUACAUCAGAGCCACCCUUUGCAGUAUAUUGGGUAAGUAUGAAAGCAGAAAUGCAACUAGUUUCACUCUAGGUUGUUUUAAACUUUUUAUACAGGACAGCUUUCUCCUGAAAUGUCUUAUGUGCUGAUCAGCAGGCUAUAAAUUUAAAUGUAAGGUUGAAUGAAAUUAUAUACAAUUAUUAUACAAGAUCAGACUUUCCUAUGAAUUUUCAACUCCUUGACAUCUGUUAGAAUUUUUAAGGCUUAAGAACAUGCAAACUAUGCACUUUCCUGGUUAAUUUUUGAGCAAGUUUUAUUGGAUCAUAGAAGCUACAUAAAUGAAACAUGUAUAGAAAUAAUAUUUUUACUAAAUCAGCAAAACUAUUUUUAGUGUCUGAUACACAUAUACAUAUGAUAGUAUAUGAUACGUAUGUGUCAGGUAUUAUCAGUGUAUGCUUUGAAUGCACAAGUAGAUGCCAAUAGGAAGGGAGGAAUUUAUGUGGCUCAGGACAGCAUCUUCAUCUACUGUAAAGCUACAAGAAUACUAUACCUUGGCUUAGAAGUUUGUUUUCAGAGCCAAAAGGGGCCAGGAAGCAGAGCAUCAAAUUGAGAAAAUAUAGAAAGGAAUUCACAAGUUGUUCUUGGUCACAGAAUACUUUAAAGGAAGUAUUCUACCUGUAAUGAUUAUAAAGUACUGUCCCUUUAAGACUAAAAUAAUCUGCCUAGCCUACUUUUGUCUUAUUUAUUUAUUUAUGGAAUAAAUAAUUCUUAGUCAAAAGUUUCACUGUAUGUGUUAAAACAUGAAUUCUUCACUUGUAUUCAUCUCCCUUGUCUGAAGAAUCUAUAAACCAAGUAUGUUUUCUCUUUUACAAUUCUUAAUGAUGUUAAAUGCUCACUUCUGAUGUUGAGGUGAUGGUAGGUUCACUCAUUUCUGUUGAAAUAUUUUUGGAGAUGUUGCCAAAACACCCGUGUGGCGCCUGAAAAUCCAAGCGAGUAUAAAUGGGAUUGCUAUUGCUUGAAACUAUAUGAAUUUUAGAAUUAAUGAUAUUUUGAUUCUCCAUGUAGUCCUACUUCAAGAGAUACAUAAUCAUCCAUUACACUCUUCGAAUUGUUACCAUUUCUGUAAUUGUUCACUGAUCUCCACUGCUGUGAAGUGCACGUCAGGUGAUGAGAAACCCGAGACUACUCUUGUAAGCCCGUUGUCUUAUUUAAGUCAGAUCCAGGAUUUCAUAUUGCAAGGUCUACUGAGGUAAUGACCUUGCAGCAGCUGAGACAGAUACCUAGAUUGUUUCUGAUUUUAUUUAUGAAUUAGAAUUUAGGAUAAUGCUGUAUUUCUUUCAUACUGUGACUUAUUUUAGACUAAUGUAGAAAUUGCAGGUAAAGAGUAAGUAAAUUAUGAUUUAAAACAGAGAUUUAUAUUUGUGAGCUUGCUAUUGAGUUUAGAAUUUCAACUAGUCGUGGCAUGUAUGAGUUUCUAACGCUUCUUUCAUUUGGGGCAUAUUAUCUAUAUGGGCUUCAUAGAUAAAAGCAUGGCUUAAGAGCAAAAUCAAAUUUUCUUUAUGUUGUUGUCGUUUUUCUUUUAUGUGUGUGUGUGUUAUUUUCUUUCAUUUUUAUUAAAGCUAGUAGGGAUAAUGCAGGAAGGUGAGAGAUGAAUCUGUAGAUACAAAAAACAUACUAUCUGUGAUUGUUUUCUACUAAAAAUGUAUUUACCUUGAAGUUUAAAGGAAUUUUGAGAUUACUGGUGACAUGUGCCUGGCUGCUGAAGGGAAAAGCCUAAUUCUUCCUCUUACUUUCAUGAGCCUUCUAUCUUAGUCUUUAUCUCCGUUCCUUUCUAACUAUUCUCGUCUCUUGUUUCAUGUAAAGCUUGAGAAUUGAAAUUCUUUUUUAACAGAGUUAGAGCUUUUAAAUCAUUUUAGCACUGAGACUUGCUUAGCAUAUAUGUUUUGAAACAAGAUAGUUGAGUGAAACUUCUGAUUCUGUUUUUUUCCUCCUUGAUAGUCAUGACAGAACAAUGCAAGAUAUUGUUUACAAACUUGUGCCAGGCCUCCAAGAAGCGGAAAUGAAAAAGCAAAGGGAAUUUUAUCACAAACUGGGCAUGGAAGUUCCAGGAGACAUCAAAGGGGAGACAUGUUCUGCAAAGCAGCAUCUGGAUUCUCAUCGAAAUGGUGAAACUAAAACAGAUGAAAAUUCAAACAAAGAAACUUCUGAGGAAAAACAGGAAGAAGAUAAUGACUACCACCGAAGCGAUGAACAGGUAAGCAUCUGCUUGGAAUGCAACAGCAGCAAACUGCGUGGAUUAAAACGAAAAUGGAUUCGCUGUUCAGCACAAGCAACAGUCCUGCAUCUAAAGAAGUUCAUUGCCAAAAAACUAAACCUUUCUUCUUUUAAUGAGCUGGACAUAUUAUGCAAUGAAGAGAUUCUUGGCAAGGACCACACGCUCAAGUUUGUAGUUGUUACAAGAUGGAGAUUUAAGAAAGCACCUCUACUGCUACAUUACAGACCCAAAAUGGACUUGCUGUAGAAGAACUUUAUUGUCCUUCUGGACAGAGCUUUUUGCAGAGACUAUCAUCUGGCACCUUCUUAGUGCAUCACUAAUCACAUAUGAUAUGAAUCAGCCGUAUAAUUUUGGAAGACUGUAGUGCUUUCAUAGCUGACUGUCCUUCUGAAUAUUUCUCCUGGGGAUGUGUUAUCUGGAUUUCUGGACAGAAAAUAUUUAUACUUAUUUUAUAUGAAAAAAAUCAAAACUCAACAAGACACUACCAGCACUAGGUUUACAGAUAUUGAAAACACUUCACAGUUUCAUGUAGCUCAGCCUGACUCAUCUCUUACAGUUACACAGAAAUAAGUUAGAAUGUUAUGGGGUGGUUUUAAAAUGUUGCUUUUGACACCAAGUUGCAUUUAGUUACUUUUCACAUUCUGAAUAUUUAAAAAUAUAUUUUUGCAAAGUGUUCUUGUCUUAUAUAGUAUGCCUGAUUGCAUUGGCUUUAAUCAAGUUCUGUGGGUCAUUGAACAUAACUAAUGAUAUAGUGACUGGUGAUAUUUAUUAUGCUGCAUUGAAAACUUUUGAAAAUCUGGGAAAACAAUGGGUUUAUUUGUUGGUUUUAUCCAGUUGUUGCUCUCCCUUAGUUUCUGUUUUAGUAAAGUUUUAACGCUCUUUUUUGCAUGGUGAUUUGGUAAGAUUAAUAGUAAUCUCUGCAGCUGAUUUUAAUGUGCCCUGAUAUUUUGCUGUGGCAUAUAUUGCACCACAUAAUGAUAAAUACUCAAAAGUGCUAGGUUUAUGAACUUUAAAUAUAUAUAUAUAUAUAAAUAUAUAUAUAUAAACAUUUCUUAUGUUGCUGUGGCUUGCAGAAAUCAGUUUUUACUGAAAAGAGAACUUAUUCUCUCUGGCUAAUGAAACGCUGGCUCUUGAACAACAUUGGGUGAUAUUGCACAAUUUUCACUGAUUAAAAAUUCCUUGGAGAAGUAGAAGCAGCUUUAUAUUUUAGUAACAGCUUUGUAUUUUCUUCACCUAUUUUCUUGUGAAACAGUUCUGUUUUCUUUAGUACAAUUACUUACUGUUUUGGAGGGUCAGACAAGAUUAUUUUCACACCUUCUGGCCUUAAUUGAUAACAGUACUUGCAUCAGCCCUAACAGAUGCAAGGUAACAUAAAUGUCAUGUAUGUGUGUACAUAUAUAUACCCACAUGACUGUGUUAUGGAAUGCACCCUCAAUAGCACUUAGCAGUGUUCACUGCAUUGUAAGGCUUUUUGAAAUUGUCACCUUUUUAAAAACAGAGUUGAAAGUGAUUUCUGCAAGCUGUAUACUGUAUAGCACAUAUAGGACAAGAGCGUUUGGCUGCCAGCGUGUCGAGUUAUCUAGAACUCCAAACAUACUAUUAAUAUCUAGAAACAGUUAACCUUCUAACUUUUGGAAGGGUUUUCCAAUCAGCUGCAAAUGCUAGCUGCUAUAUAUAUUAUUUUUUAUAAACUGCCUUUGGAUAAGAAAGUAAGCUUGCUUGUAACUGCCUUGCUUUGUCUGUCUGUGCUUAUUCCUCUCUUCAGCAAGAAAGUAUAAUUUAUUACUGAUAACAGGAAGCUGAUAGUGCAAGAGGUUUAUCUCAGCAUUUUAAGUCACCUUCUUGAGCUUUCAAAGCACCACAUUCCUUAGCAUAUCUCCUGCACUUUCAUUCUUUGGAGUUUUCAGCCCUCCUUUCUUAGCUGUGCUGCUGCAGAAGGGAUGCUCCAUUUUCUAUUUAUCUUUGCAAAGAUAAAAUAUCUUUCUCAUUUUUAUUUAUAGUCACAGAUGUAAUGGGAAUGGGAAGCAAAGCAAAAGGUAUGCAGGCAGAGAAAAAAAAGGAGCCUGCUGAAAUAUGGGGAUAUAAGGGAGGUGCAAAUGCUAAAAAAGGCUGCAAAUGUGAGGGCAAGAUGAUAGGUAGACUGAAUGCUUGCAUUAGGCAGAACUCCAUAUCCAGGCCUUUGGUGUGAGCAUGCAUGCACCUGUGAGCAAUGGGAUCAGAACUCGGCUCCAAUUUUGUUCUGCCAUUUCCAGCUCAAACCUAUUUCAGCUUUUACCUUUGGUUAACACGAAUUAGCAGAUGAGAUCAAGAGUCUGUCUUUUUACAAUCUUUAAUGAAAACACUGAAAGCAGGUGUUACAAAUGCACAUGCAGAUUAACAUGCUGGGCCCUUCUGGAGCUGUUCAUGCUGUUAGCGUUCCCCCGUAAAUAAGGGACAAGCUGUAGCUAGUGAGGAACUGAGAGUAUAAACAGGCCUAUGAAUGGGCCACUCUCUGCACCUGAUGUAGACGUAGAAUUAAAGCUCACAGAGAGUACGUUGAUUAAGGUGGUUUUUGUAUGUGUACGUGUGUGGAUAUAUACACACUCUUUAUGUACACACAUGCUUCCUGAGUGAGAUCUGCCUACCUGGGAAGGAGUGUACUGUGGAAAGCUUUUGUACAUCUAGACUCUGAAGCAGUGCUUAUAAAGCGUGUUAGGAUUUUACCACUUUCCACCGCAGUUGGAACAGUACUAAUUUGUACUCAGUUGUACAGCUGAGAACUCAGCUGCAAAAAAGCAAAUUCAGAAGCCUUUCAAAUCUUUCUCUUGCUAUAAUAAUCUGCAGUACAAAAUAUGUAUUUGGAAGUUUGUAGCUCUCUUUAGAAUCACUUGAAUAUAUAAUGGUGCUACCAGUAUAUUGAAAAUUCUGUUGAUUACUAUAUAGAUAGGUAAAUUCAAGGCAGUAUUAAUACCUACAAAUGCUUUUUUUGUUUGUUUUGUUUUGGUUUGUUUGUUUGUUUGUUUCCUCAUUUGUGUGCAACUGCUUUUUCAAUGUCCUUAAUUUGAUAAAGCCUCUUCAGUAAAAAGAAAAGGAAAAAUAUAAGAGAAAUCCCAGUUAUUUUUCUAAAUCAUAUGUCAUAGCAUCAUUGCUAUAGAUAUUCUUUCCCUCAGGAGGGGUUGGGAUUGUGUCUGGACCACAUAUUUAUUUACUCUAGCCUUACUAGAAAACGACAAUGCAAUUGAAUUGAACUGAGAGGGAGGCCUCCUUUGGGUCAGAGCUCUGUUUCACUUCUGCGAAGCUUAAGAGACAGUUAAUUUAUAUCAAGAUUAUAUAGGAACCGGAGUUCUGUUCAAACUUGAACGGAAAGUUAGACUCAGCAUAGAUCUCUCUCUGUCCUAGUGAGAUCAUACUCAGUUUAUUUUGGAUUUUGUCAAGAUGGCCCUACUGUGAAGUAGUUUUCACAAUUGCUUACGCUGGUAAAUAAUUGCAGUAAAGAAGUAUCUUGUUACGUUACCCUCAGCAGCAAUGAGACUGAUGAAUCACCCAUGCUCAGAGUCUCAUUGAAUAUAGUUUCAUUAAAAACAGAAUUCAGAUAGAAUAUAUGAUAUUAAAUUUAAAUAAGAUUUGGGAUGUUAAAAGUUAACUCUAUAAAAUUAUUUAUUCUAUUUUAAGCCUUCUGUCUUAUUUUACCAUCCAAGUAUUUUUGAUUUCAAUGGUCCAACCUUAUGUACGGGCAUAUAAAUGAAAUUGUAAGAUGUUUUUACAAGCUUCUUCCUUUUACAUCGAGUUUAACUAGCUUUUGUUUGUAUGUUUUUGUUUUGUAUGGAUAAAGAACAUUACUUAUGUUUUUGUGCAAUAGGUUUGAAACAUGCAUUUAUUAGGCAUAUGUUUAAAAUGUAAAUGUAGCAUCUACUUACCGUUAAAAAGGAACGUAGAUGGAAUUUUUGAUUUGUUCAAACGGGGUUUUAUUUGGGACUGUUGUUCUGGGAAGGUUAUUUUUUAUUUGUUCUUUAUUUUAUUUUAAGAGUGAAGUGCGGGAUUUAAAUUUGUCUGAGUACAAGAACUGUCUGUCAGCAAUAUUCUAAAAUAAAUGAUCUUGCAAGAAAUCUUAAUGUGAACUGUGGAAGCAAUCGGCAAGACUUGCAGCCUAUCUGAAAAUGUUUUGUGCCAUUGUUAUGUCUGGUAUCUUUGUGUACCAUCAAAUCUGAAAAUAUUUAUUUUUUUUGGUCGUGCAAUAGUGUACACAACACUAUAAUCUCUGGGGAUAAUGGGACCAUAAAAAAUAUCAGACUACAACUACGAUGGUGCUAUUUUUUUCCAAUAGGCUAUGAGCCUUUGAAAGCUUAUCUGGCUCUUUUGUCUUCAUAAGAACAUAAUUAGUUGUAGGAGAUGGAUGUAUUUUUAUUUUUUCCGACUGGAUGGUAAAUGUAACCAUACAACUAGCCUGCUUUACAGCAUGAUGCAUCUUACCAUUAAGCUAAAUAUAAUAGGAAAAAGCCAACCAGUCUGUACAUCAGCAGGUGAAUAUUAGUAAGCUUAUAUACUAUAAGUUAGUACUCUCAACGAUACUUAAGAUGCAUUUUGUACAGAAGGCUGGACUGUACAGAAAAAUCUAGUUUCUCUACUUCCUCAGGUGAUAACUUCAGUUUGGAUAUUUUACUGGAGAUGCUAAUGCUUCAGUUCCUUUGCAUGAAGUUGAUAAGAGGAGAAAAAAAGUGUCCUAUACACCAGAAUCUGUGCGUAAGAUAUAAUUAACUGUAUCUGAGAGGUCUUGGCAUCUGUUGCUGAAGUAAAAACUAUAGAGAGAACAUUAAGGAAGAUGGGAACAAUACUUCAAUCUCUGCUUUCAUGAAAACUUGCAAUCAGUACAAAUACUUUCUAGAAACUUGCUUUCUGUGGCAAGCUAAUAGUAAUAUUUUACUAUGGAUUUAUGAUUUAUUUGUAUACAAAUUAAAGCUCCAGUCUUGCUAUUUGAUCAUGUUUCAUCUGUGGAGCUUCCUGAAAAUCUUUCAAAGCCACAGUGGCCUACCCAGUUGAGUGGUAAGAAGGUGGGAAGUAAAUGUCCAGUUUCAUGAGUGCUUAUAUAGCUAACUUUGCAAAUAGCCUGAAUGAUUCUGCAGAGAUCAGAGGGUUCGUUCAGGUGAUGGUAGCUGUGGCUGGAGGAUGGAGUCUUGAUUUUUAAAGGCUGGAAUGAUGUUCCAGCAUAAUUAAUUUUUAUUUGAAACUGAAAACAUAGGUUUACUAGAACCUUAAAUUCAAGUUACUUAUUCAAAGAAAGGAGAGUUUGUUCUUUCCUUCUGCAACAAAAUUAUUUUACAGUUGAGGGACAAUAAGCCAGUGCAACCACUAAGCCUUUAUUCUCUCAUGUGGCAUAAUAAAGAUACUGAAACUGUCACAGUGUAAAACCAUAUUUUUGGCUUAGAUUCAUUUGAAAGUUUACAAUUUUUUAUGCUUUGUGUUGCUGUGUAAUUUUUGUACUAUUGGUGGCUAGUUUUGUCUGAAUAAGCCUUUUUGGAUUACUGCUUAAUGUUUUGAUUUUAUGAUAGUGAAGCUUGUAUUCAGUGUUUUGCCAAUUAAUAUUAUAUGCUUGUUAAUAAAAGCAGAGAAACUAACUGAAAUCCUGUCAA